AUGGUCGCCAAUGACGCCCAAGCCUCGGUCCAGGAGGUUGCACCUUACGAACAUGCUGCUCCUUACCAAGGCGACAAUGGAGCGAACGAGAGUCGCCCAGGAGAAUCGCUCAUAGUACGGAACGGCCCGGUACAGCUAAAGGGAUACGCAUACAUCUUCACCCCUUGGACUACAGUAAAAUGGGGAUUCCCGAACUUCUAUCGCAAGCCAGGUCUGGGAUACCAGAAGCUUGGCCACCACCGCCAUCGAGAUAUUCUCGAUCGCGAAUGGACGGGCGACUAUGAUGACCGUUACAUCUCAUCUUGGGAUGGCAGGGUUUCUAAGCUCGUUGUCCAAGCAGUCGACGACAUUUUCGAGAACAACGCAGGAUCUACAUACAGGCGCACGUUCAUUCGUAACAUCGCGCCGGUGUACAUGCGACUGGCAAACUGGCCAUUCAAUCAUAUCAACUUUGGCAGGAACGAUGGAAAGAUCCCGAGUGAAGACUAUCCCAUGCUCUGCCUCAAAUGGUUCAUCGCGUCCUGCGUCAUCACCAUCUUUAUAUCUAGCCCAAGCCCUGCUGAGAUUGCCUCUCGCAACCAAGGCAAUUACGAUGGCGUCCCAUACCAGUACUUUGGGUAUCCGAAAGUCACCAGGAAUGCGAUCGAAAUGCACAAACCUAAGGGUCUUGUUUCGAGUGAGCCAAACCCUGUCGCCGAACGCAUCCUUCGUCCCCGAUAUCUCUGCUUCUUGCGCGAGCAAGGAAGACCAUGCAUCAUUACCAAGGUGGAUGAUUGGCUGGCCCAGAAUGACGGUCACCGCCUAUCGUAUAUCUUCAUCGCAUACACUUCCGAGCAAUUCAAUACGCCCGAUGACUUCAGAGUCUUGCACGAGAUUGCCGAUGUUGCAGCGCGUAACGCGGGAGUCAUUGCUUAUUGGGUCGGAUGCUCUUGCAUGCCCGGCAACCAGCUCGAAGAAGAUGUAUAUCGCAUAUGCGAUGUCAUUCGAGGCGCGCAAUCUCUUGCGAUAGCAGUUGCAGCCCCAGCGAACAACAGGUAUGAGAUCAACACGCCUGAUCUCAUGCUCCAGCAAUGGGGUAGUCGAGUUUGGACAUUCCCCGAAGUUCUUUUAGCGCCUGCCGGUGAGAGCAUCAGAGUCUACGUGCGUGGCAACGAUCUUUCUCAACCGCUUCUUGUGGCAAAGAACCAAUUUGCAGCUCAAGUCUGGCAGGAUGAUGCUCACAUCGCUCGACAGCUUAUCGACCACUACGAAGGAAAUUUGGUACUCAGUCAGCUCGAGCUGGUCACGCUUGCUCUCGAGUGCCUACACAAGCGUGAAACUGGGAAGCAUCUUCCGGGAGAUUACAGCUACGCCUUGAUGGGUCUACUCCGUGUCAGGCCUCAGAUUGAUCCAACGGAUUCCGCGUUCCAGGCAUUUGCCCGCCUCUCCCUCGCGAAUGGCAGCGAUCAACUGCUCGAGCGCCUCAUAUGCGUAUUGCCGAAGACACCAGAUCAGCCGUGGCACUCCAUGGAUGAUGCAUACAAUGCCAAGCUCUGGGACAUAUUGCCACAAGAUGUCGGCAUCGCCGGUGUUGGAGAAGACGAUACCAUCAUACUUGACGGUUGCCGCGCUGCAAACGUACGAUGGAAGUCAUUCACGCCUGUCGCCAACGCUCGACGGGACUCCUGGAAGCGUGCCAUCGCAAAGGCGAUGCUCCGUCUUAGUGGUGUCGUGUUCAUUAGUGCCAUCGUGCUUCUUGUUAUUCCCACUACGUUUACUGUCGGCGUCGUCUUGCUCAUCUACUCCAUGAUAAUUAUGGGCUUAUCGCCUUGGCUACUCCGUCUGCUCUAUCUUGGCAAGUUCUAUGACCAACAGUGCUGGUUCUUUGGCUUUGAGGGCUACAUGGACUUGGACACGAUCGAAAGUCAAAUAUUUGGCGGUAGACUGGGGCGCAUGAAAUGGACUGCAGCAGCCAGUCCGUUAUCGAGGCAUGAACGUAAUGUCCACGGCGAAUGCGUCCCUGUUGAUCCGACAUCCGACCCUGCUGUUGCAGCUCUCGUACAACGAGCGAAGUCAGCCGGACCCGGAGACCAGCGUGUCUUCACGCUCGUCGACACAGGCAACAUGACUGCGACGCUCUUCCUCGCCGAACGCCCACCCGUGUGUUUCCUCAUGGCCGGCUCCGAGGGCGGUAUGAAGCGCAUCAUUGGUUGCUCUUACGACUGGACUACGGCGACGAUGUACAGAGAAACCGUACUGCGGAUCGGCACUCAGUUCGAAGACAAGAUGUCGCGUGUCGGUCGUGUGAAAAUUGGAUUCAAGCGCAAGCAGCAUCCCUUUGGACCGUUGGCGCAGGUUGGCGAGGCGGAAGUCAAGGACAAAGCGAACAAUGACGGGUAUCAUCUUAACAGCAUCGAAGCCGAGGUCAACAAGCAGCGCAGAAAAGUGCAGAACCGGAAGAACCAAAGGUCACACCGAAUGCGAAACAAGAAACAAAACCCUGAUACUGUUCAGGCGUCGCGCCCCUUCCAAGUUGAGCGCUGGCGCCUGGAUGAAGUUGACGAAAGCGUACCCCAGGCCGUGGAGUCCACUAUCAACGAUGCGGCGAUCGAUACGUCAAUCUUCAUUCCUGACCGCACGGUAGUCCUCCGGAGACCACAUCUGUCCUCCCCAAUCCAAGCUCCGACAACGCUGACGCCCCCGAGUAUGGUCUUUUCCCUUUCUGCCGACCACCUCCUCCACUUAGUUCAGUACAACGUCUUCCGAGCCUUUGUCUCCAACAAGCGUACUCUGAACGUGCUUCUCACAGGGUGGACAUAUAAUAUGCCUCCUUCCCCAACCACAUGUCCUGUCAGCCUUCCUUACAUCGACGACACGAACAUCUAUCCCUUGAACCCCAAUAUACCUCCUUCACUUUUUCCAACUCCCACGCAGCAAGAGCGUCUGCACUCAUUUUGGAUCAACCUGUUUCCUUUCCCUUCAUUGCGCGACAACCUUAUCAGACAUGAGGGACUUUUCGACCACUGGGAGCUACUACAAGAUCUCAUUGGCGAGCUGAUGGGUGCUACGCCGAUUCAGGAGCGACAAGGUACGCCUCUUGCCAUUACUGUGUCUGACCCUAAUAUUGUAUCGACACCGCCAAUUUCGGUAGUAGGGCGUGACGAGGAUGAGAUCACUGCAGGUCGCAAGGGACUUAUCGUUUGGGGUGAGCCGUAUGACAUGCGAAGCUGGGAGGCCACCCCUGGCUUUUUGGCUAAGUGGUCGUGGGCAGUGCAGGGGUGCGACGAUCUGCUUGUAUCUAGUAACCGAUGGAGGCUAAUGAGAGGAGAGGAACCUUUGUGUCUUCCUCUGCUAGAAGGCUAG